AUGUUGGGACUUGCUACUAUCGCCCUUGCGUCCACUGCCUUUGGUAUCCCGAACGCCCUCCCCAAGUCAACGCCUCGUUAUCAAUAUGUCAUAAUAGGGGGAGGAACUUCGGGUCUGGUUCUGNCCAACCGAUUGAGCGAAGACCCUACGGUUUCGGUCGCUAUCAUUGAGGCGGGCGAUCAAGUGUUCAACGACACGAACGUCACAAGUGCCUCUGGAUACGGCAAAGCCUUUGGCACACAAAUUGACUGGGCUUAUGAGAGUGAAGCUCAGGUCUAUGCUGGCAACAAGACUCAGAUCUUGAGAGCUGGCAAAGCGCUGGGAGGUACCAGUACGAUCAAUGGUAAGCAAUGA